GAAAUUUUUUAGUAUACAACAAAACGAGCUCGGAGCAACACAACAUUAUUUCGUUGUUACAUAUAAAAAUACGCUAUUUUUUCUCAUUGCUAUACUUUUAGACCAUUCAAACAGAAAUAAGCAAAACAAAGAAGAUACUAUGCUAAAUUCGGGCAUACUUUUAACAUUUUUGCUGGUCGGUGCUCUGGCGCAGGAUAUGCCACCACCAGAAUUGGAGCCACCAGCGACAACUACUACGACCACAUCGACACCUGAGCCCACGACAACUACUACGACCACAUCGACUCCUGAGCCUACGACAACUACUACGACCACAUCGACACCUGAGCCCACGACAACUACUACGACCACAUCGACACCUGAGCCCACAACAACAACGCAGGAACCAACGACUACGCCGGAGCUGACGAGUACAAUGGCACCCACAACAACAACGCAGGAACCCACAACAACACCAUUACUUACAACAACAACUACCGAGGCCCCAAAAACUGAAGCAGUUCCCACUACGACACCAUCACCACUGCCGCCUCCAACUACGAAGCUUCCUACCUCCAAACCAAACGACAACAAUCCUCAAACUCCAACCACAGAUUCCCCACUGAAGCCCCAAUCGACCACACCAUGGUAUCCUGCCUACCCGGGUUAUCCUAGUUACAACACCAAAUGUUACUCUAAGCUUCAAUACGGUUACUCUCGCUGGCAGUGGACCUGCAACGGAUAUCGUUUGGUCUUGCCUCUGAACUGCUAUUACUGUUGCCGGUAUGAGUACUCUCAGUUCGCCGCCUGCUACCCAGUGCACUCUUCAAAUUGCAACAGCCUGAAUUACUAAUAAGGACUAUAACAAUGACAAUGAUAUACUCGAAUGGCUAGGAAAACUUUGUAAAUAUAGACAUCUCAACAUGUACAUAUUUGAUUUAUUAACUAGAACAAAAAAUACAACCAAUUACUCGAAUUCGAAUUAAAAACCAUCCACUACACUAAAUUAA